CACAGAUCCUCUCUAACACAGCUCCAAAAGCUACACAACAAGAUAUUUAACAACUAUCCUUUUUCUACAGGGACUGACUGACCCCACCCCCUUGCGCUCGGCUUUAGCACAGAACCGCACGGCACGGCUCGACUCGCUGCCUGGACCGGCCCUCCUCCAGGGCUGCCUGAGCCGGUGUUUGAUUGGAUUAGAGUAUGCUAGCCUUUGCCCUCUAACCUCGCUGAUGUUGGCUGGCUGCUUCCUGCUCCCACCGCUCCCCCUGACCGACUGACGAAUCCUGCAGAAGCCGCCCGAAGAAGCGCCCUGCUCGGACACAGCCGACCGGGACACGAGCCGCCGCUACAGACACACACCGGAGAAGAGGCACACCGAAAACGCGCAGGCAGGAGGACGACACGAACGGGACAGCCAUGCGGAGGAAAUCGAGGAUAUUGUUGUGUUUUGCGGUGCUGUGGGUGCUGGGGAUAGCCUACUACUUCUACUCGGGGACAGCGUUGAGUCGAAAGGAUGAUUGGGGCUCCAGUGACUCGUCCAGCCGGGGAAAAGCACACAACCCUGAUGACAAGUCCCACAGCCUGGAGACUCUGCCGCCAGGGAAAGUGCGCUGGCAGGAUUUCGACCAGGAUCUGUACGUCGGAGCCACAGUUGUAAGACCUGGACAGGAUCCGUAUGCCAGAAACAAGUUCAACCAGGUGGAGAGUGACAAACUACGUAUGGACCGAGCUGUGCCUGAUACAAGACACGACCAUUGUAGACAUAAACAGUGGAAGACUGAGCUGCCCGCCUCCAGCGUCGUCAUCACCUUCCACAACGAGGCUCGCUCUGCUCUGCUGAGGACUGUGGUCAGUGUCCUGAAGAAAAGUCCUUCUCACCUAGUCAAAGAGAUCAUUCUGGUGGACGACUACAGUGAUAACCCGGAGGAUGGAGCGCUGCUGGGAAAGAUUGAAAAAGUGCGUGUGUUGAGAAAUGACCGCAGAGAAGGACUGAUGCGUUCCAGGGUUCGAGGGGCAGAUGCGGCCACAGCACCAGUCCUUACCUUUUUGGACUCUCACUGUGAAUGUAACGACCAUUGGCUGGAGCCGCUACUGGAGAGAGUGGCCGAGGACAAAACCCGAGUCGUUUCCCCCAUCAUUGAUGUCAUCAACAUGGACAACUUUCAGUACGUCGGAGCCUCGGCCGACCUGAAAGGAGGUUUUGACUGGAAUCUGGUUUUUAAAUGGGACUACAUGACCUUGGACCAGAGACGAGCCAGGCAAGGCAAUCCUAUCGCCCCCAUAAAGACUCCGAUGAUAGCAGGAGGUCUGUUCGUCAUGGAUAAGGAGUACUUUGAGCUGCUAGGGAAGUACGACAUGAUGAUGGAUGUCUGGGGUGGAGAGAACCUGGAGAUCUCAUUUCGUGUGUGGCAGUGUGGUGGCAGUCUGGAGAUCAUCCCCUGCAGUAGAGUUGGCCACGUCUUCAGAAAACAACACCCCUAUACCUUCCCUGGGGGCAGUGGGACAGUGUUUGCAAGGAACACAAGGAGAGCAGCGGAGGUGUGGAUGGACGAGUUUAAAAACUUCUACUAUGCUGCUGUACCCUCAGCAAGAAAUGUCCCCUAUGGAAACAUCCAGAGUCGUUUGGAGAUGAAGAAGAGGUUAGGCUGUCAUCCGUUCAAAUGGUACCUGGAGAACGUCUACCCUGAACUGCGAGUCCCCGAUCACCAGGACAUAGCUUUUGGAGCCCUGCAGCAGGGAGGAAACUGUCUUGACACCCUGGGACAUUUUGCUGACGGGGUGGUGGGCGUCUAUGAAUGUCACAAUGCUGGGGGAAACCAGGAGUGGGCCCUGACGAAGGAUAAGUCAGUCAAACACAUGGACUUGUGUCUGACGGUGGUGGACAGAACGGCCGGCUCUCUCAUCAAACUACAAGGUUGUCGAGAGAAUGACAGCAGACAGAAAUGGGAGCAGAUAGAGUCCAACUCGAAGCUCCGUCACGUGGGCAGUAACCUCUGUCUGGACAGCCGCAGUGCCAGGAUGGGCGGACUCACCGUGGAGGUCUGCAACCCGAGCCUAAACCAACAGUGGAAGUUCACCCUUAAUUUACAAUCAUAGGGGGCGCUAGAGACCCUCGGAAGACCGGACAUCAUGUAGAGACACUAACAGACUCUGAGACACGGAUGAAGAGAUGGAAAUGAACUCGAGGAGAAAGACAAACUCGAUGGAUUAAUGGAUCCCUCUCGCUCCUCCUCCUCCUCCUCCUCAGAGGUGCAGCCAGUCAUGUCUAUACACCUCUCCCCCAACUCAGCCCUCAAAAAACACAGAGCCACACCCCCUGGGGGAGGGGCUUGUAGACAGUAGAGGAGUAAACAGAAAACUUCCUGUGUUUGGUGGAUGGAUGAUGACAGUGAUGAUCAUGCUGAGGGGAAAAGUGAUGAAGGGGCUUUCCAUCCAAACAACAUACCUCAGUGUUUUCUUUCCAUUGAUGGCUCCAGAGACAAAUGACGAGUGAAUCCUUUGUUUUGUUUUUAUUUCUUAAAUGCUGGUGAAAAGGAACUCAUUGAUGUUUUUACUUUAUAAUUAUUUUAUUUUAUUUUUAAGUAUUUUUUACUUCUUGCUGUUUAUCUCCAUGGAGGUAAGCAGGAGGUGUUGUUUUCUUUUCUUGUUCUCAAAGAGAAGAUGAUGUUGGUGUUGUUGCUCUCUCUUUGUUUUAACCACAUGGAGCUCGAGCCUGUAAUGGAUUGACGGAGGCUUCUGGUUUGGUUCUUGGAUGUAGAGCAGUUUGAAGGGAGGAAAUGGACUCGAUUCUCCGAGCUUUUCCUUCAGUUUACUCUUUUUGGUUUACAGGAUCAACAGAGAGAAAAAAAGAGGUGAAAAGGAGAAAUGAAUGCUGUGUCUGAUACUUUGGGUUGUGUGUGUUGUGGAGGGGACAGGGGUUCAGGGGGGGAGUUUUCCCCGCUGUGGACGGGGGCCUGACACCGUUUAGGGCCAGAAGUGCAUUUCCUGAAAUCAGGAAGUGUCUUGAACCCUCCGUCUCAGGUUUGUCUUCAGGCUGUCGCACUGGCUGCUGCAGCAUCUUCACUUCUUACUCCAUUAUGUCUCUGAAGGAACAAAAUAACAACCUCCUAUCCGUCUUAUUUUAUCUGCUUUUGUAAAAAAAAAAAAAAAUGGAACCAAAUUUAAAAUGGAUGUUUUGUGUGCAAGAAAUUCAGGGGAGCAAUUAAAACAGUUUCUCUUCACUUAUUCUCGCUGCUCUCUACAGCUCUCUGUUGAGCCGAUCAGUUCCAUCUUUUCUGCACAAAUCGUUUCCUUUUCAUGCGACUUUGUUAGAAAUGUAGGAAGGUUACUGUCUUAAAAAUAUCGCUCAAACUGGAUCUUAUGAUGCAGCUUUUUUCUCUCCGGUGCAAACAGGUGUUCACUGCAACAGGAUCAAACUUAAACGAUCCUCCAGCAGGGACAUGAUUUAGAUAUUUGUUGCUUUACUCUCAUAGCUCUCCCUGCUCUUGCACGACCUUAGAAGAAAACACAAGUGCUUGCGUGCAUCUUACAACAUUAUGCACUAGACUUCAGAGAACUCCUUUUUUCUGCUGACAACACAAAACCUUGUUUAUUGCAGCCCUCAGAACAGAUUAAAAAAGAAAAAGGUUUACAAAGUCAUGGCUGCAGUGCAACAGUAUAAAUUGUGCAUACACACACGUGUCCUGGGAAGCUGCAUGUGACACCCACCAACUCCAACAGCUCCACUCAGUCACUAGUGUUUUCCAUCAACACAUUUUGUUUUCUUCAUUGUGCAGUUUGGAUGAGCCAUCUGCUCAGGAGUUUGAAGCUGUGAUAAACAAGGUUUCACUGUUUGUUUUCAUUUUUGCAGGAGGUGAGGCAGAUUUUUUUUUUGAUUGCACACGCAGGUCUGCUGAUGAGAAAUGCAAAUGAGAACUCAUCGUGUUUAAUUUAGCGAUCUGCUUCUUUCUGCAAAACAAUAUUUCAUUGUCACCAAACAGAAUGAUGCCACUUUGGUUACCUGAUAGUCUUACUAAUGCCAUUUGUCAGACCUGAUGCCUGUUGUGUAUCUGCUCUUCUGGUUUAUGAUCGGGGUUCAUCUUAAACUCCUCUGAACCUUCAUACAUCAGCACGAGGCAUCUUUGAACAGAAACACUGUACAGCAGCGAUGACCUAUAGAACCACAUGUCCUGAUCUCCAUAUAGCUCCAUUUAUACACAAGUGUUUCCCUCACACACACACAUUCUGAAAUGCUUUAUAGGUUCUUUUUUUUCUAUUCCUGAGUAUUCAAGUUUGACAAAGACAGCGGCUUGUGUUUUCUGUGUUGUCUGAUUCUUCCUUUGUUCCAUGUGUGGUGGAAUUAUCUGUUUAUUUUCUUUAUUUCCUUUCAACUUGUCCUCGAUGUUUGCCUUGUCUUAAACAUUCAUCCCAACUGUUCGCAGAGCGGAUGACUGAGAAGGUCAGCUGAAACUGCAGCUGCGUCAAAAGAAGCCUAUCCUGUGACUUGACAGGUUGCUGCAUUGUGAUGCCAGGCUGCAGGACCCGCAGGGGGGGUGUGAGGUGGAACCCAAGGGGCACACUUAGAUAAGUGUUCAGUGUUGUGUUUCCAUGGUUACCAGACUCUAGAGGCUAAAUCUGAUCAAGGGAUUACAUGCUUAUCAGGAGUGGGAUUUACUGAUUUAAAGAAAAGUUUUAUUUUAGGGAUCUGCAAAAAGGUUGCAAAUCAAAUUGUUGAUUUGCUGAAGAGAUGAUAAAUCUUCAUAAUCAAAAACAGUAUUUGUUGUCCAUACAGUAGCCUACAGGGCAUUAAGACCUUCUUAAUGCAUUUAAGAUGCGUCUUUCCACAAGUAGUGUUUUUGCUUGUGGGUAUAAUGCAGGGUGGGUCUGAAGUUUGAGUUUUCUGCAGGUACGAUCAUUUUUUAAGCCUGACAUGUAUGAUCAAAGCAAGUCAGGGCCGAUCUUAUAAUGGAGUUGAUAUGCAAAUGUUUUAACCUCUUGAUUUGGAUAUUUCUGCAAAAUAUUUAGUAUUAUCAAAAUGUUUAAUCAAAUUUUGACCUUUUAGUGACGUUUUGGGUGGCCAUAGCUCCCUCUGAUGUCACACCACUGAUGAGUGUAGAGAUGACAACCAGAAAGGAAAGAAAAGGGGACUCUAGAGACUCAAGGUAGUAAACUUCAGACGCACAAUGCAGUACCGGAGAGAUUCAGACUUUCUUUGUUAUUACAUUUCAUUUGUCUUUGAAUUUCCUGUUGUUGUUAAGCCUAUGAAAAUAGUCAGGCAGUAGAAACUGAACCGGCAAACUGCACACACCUGAGUGACCAUGGCAACAGUGUCUGCUACAGCGAUUGCAGAUGUGUUGUUUCAAGCCUUUUCUUUUUUUAACGGAGUCUUACUCUAGUGAAGAUAAAAUGAUUUUUAUGUUAUUGUUUAUUAUUAUUUUAGUACAUACACAAAGGAAAAUGACUAUUAAUUUAGUAGUCAUGUGUCUCACUUUGAUUGAUUAAAUGUUUACAUCCUUAGCACAUUGUGCCAAAGUUCCUCCCUAUUUUCUCUUAAUGAGGAAGAAUGAGAUGGAAGAAAAAAUUCUUUGGAAAUGAAUCACAGUGAACUCAUUCACUGUCGGACAAAUAUUGCCUCUGGUAUGUUUUGUAGGCCAUUAUUUCUAGUCUCACUUCCACCUGUAGGACAUGCCAGAGGGAAGGAGCCCUCUGAGCUGCUGAUCUACUGUCAGUUUUAUCGUCGAUGUGGGGGGACAAAGGUUUCCCUUCAUUGAGGAUUUCAGUCUGUGGGUAUUUUUAACUUUUGAAACGGAUCAAAACAAUCAUUCAAAGAGAGGAAAUGUAUCACCUGUAUAAGCAUCAAAAGAGGGCGUAUGACUGAACACCAGUCAGCCAACAAGACUGUCCUCCCCUCUGCGCCUGCAGGACUUCAUUCAUACUCCCUCUGAGUUGGAGGGCAACAAUUAAAGGAUGGUGUUUAAUCUGAGAGGAUAAGUGAAGGUGAAGUUUUUCUGCUCUCUCACUUAUGUCAUGAUUCAUGCUAACCAGGGGGAUGUCUUUUCCCUGCAGUCCACCUCACAUCCCGUCUGAGGAUUAAGGAGGACGAGAACAGCCCUUUCUCAUAACGUGAGAAGCCCCGUCGAGACAUCCAGCUCAGGACUGCUUAAGCUUCUCCAUCUUUUGCUAAGAGUGGCAGCAGCAGUGUCUCACGAGGGGCUUAACAUGCACUUAAGACACUAUACUGUACAAGUCUCAUCAACCAGUAAUGACUGGUAAAACACAAACGGUAAUCAAAAGGGUUGAGCAUGAAUUAAUGAGGUAAUAAUGUGUUUUCUAACAGGAAUGUGGAUCAUUGAAUGUCGGUGGUGGGUGAAAUGGCACGAGGCAGUCACACAUGUAAAAGUGUAUAUUUUUGUAUAUACCUACAUCAGUGUGUGUACAGUAUGUACAUAUAUACACAGUGUACUCAGCUGCAGUUCCUAGUUUUGUUGUCUGACUGUACAGCGCUUCUAACUGUUCCCUGUUUUAUAGAUACUGCAGAAAAUUCAACUUUGAAUGAGGAGAAAUGAUUAACUUAAAUAAAUGCAUUUAUAUAUAUAAACUUAA